CUCACUCGGAAGGCCGCGCCCGCCUCACCAUCCAGAGCGGAGAUUCGACCUUACACUAACUCCCGGAGGAAAGACCAGCAAGUGCGCAGAGAGAAGACUGGCGGUGGAGCAUGCAUCUGGAGGGCAGAGACGGCAGGCGGGACCCUGGCACCCCGGAGGUGGAGCUCCUGCAGACGUCCGUGCCCCCGGGACUCGCUGAACUUGCCGCGGGCAAGCGCAGGCCUCCGCGGGGAGCCGGCGGGGCUGACCCCUCGCUCUCCUGCCCCAGCGGGGCCGCUGGGCAGAGCUCCUGGGCUCCUGCAGGCCAGGAGUUUGCUUCAUUCCUCACAAAGGGGAGGUCUCACUCUCCUUUGCCCCAGAUGUCCAGCUCCAGGUCUAAAGAUUCCUCCUUUACAGAAAACACUCCUUUGCUGAGGAAUUCCUUACAAGAGAAAGGGUCACGGUGCAUACCUGUUUACCGUCCAGAGUUCAUCACUGCCGAAGAGUCUUGGGAAGACGGCUCUGCUGAUUGGGAGCGAAGGUACCUGCUGAGCAGGGAGGCGUCUGGUCUGUCUGCGUCUGCCUCCUCCGAGAAGGGGGACCUUCUGGACAGCCCGCACGUCCGGCUGCGUCUUUCCAAGCUGAGGCGCUGUGUACAGUGGCUGAAAGUCACGGGCCUGUUUGUCUUCGUGGUGCUGUGCUCUAUUUUGUUCAGCCUAUAUCCGGAUCAAGGAAAGCUCUGGCAGCUGUUGGCCUUGUCACCGCUGGAGAACUACUCCGCGAACCUCAGCGGCCACGGGGACUCCACGCUGCUGCAGGUGGAGCUGGCCGGGGCCCUCGUGGCCGGCGGGCCCAGCCGUUCUGGGAGGGAAGAGCGCCUCCUGGUGGAGCUGACCCAGGCCGACACUUUGGGCUCCAGGUGGCGGCGGCCACAGCAGGUCACUCACAACUGGACGGUGUAUUUAAAUCCAAGGAGAAGCGAGCGCUUGGUGAUGAGCAGGACCUUUGAGGUACUGGGCAGGUGGCCAUCCCUCCGUGCCUGUCUCCUGAUCUCUCCUUGUAUGGACACCCAUCCUACUGGAUUAGGACUCAUCCCCAUGGCCUCAUUUAACCUUCCUCACCUUUUUAAAGACCCUGCCUCUACCUACAGUCCCGUUUGGAGAGAGAUGGUGUCCAUCAGCAUCCGGGCCUCCCUCCAGCAGACCCAGGCUGUCCCGCUUUUGAUGGCUUAUCAGUACCUCCGCGCAAGUGUAGAAGCCCAAGUGACCAUCGCCACGGCCAUCCUCGCGGGCGUCUACGCGUUGAUCAUAUUCGAGAUCGUGCACAGAACGCUGGCGGCCAUGCUGGGUUCCCUGGCGGCACUGGCAGCGCUGGCUGUGAUUGGCGACAGACCCAGCCUGACCCACGUGGUGGAGUGGAUUGAUUUUGAGACGCUGGCCCUGCUGUUUGGCAUGAUGAUCUUAGUAGCCAUAUUUUCAGAAACGGGAUUUUUCGAUUACUGUGCUGUAAAGGCAUACCGGCUCUCCCGGGGACGGGUGUGGGCCAUGAUCAUCAUGCUGUGUCUCAUCGCGGCCGUCCUCUCUGCCUUCUUGGACAACGUCACCACCAUGCUCCUCUUCACGCCUGUGACCAUAAGGUUGUGUGAGGUGCUCAACCUUGAUCCCAGACAAGUCCUGAUUGCAGAAGUGAUCUUCACAAACAUUGGAGGAGCUGCCACUGCCAUCGGGGACCCUCCAAAUGUCAUUAUUGUUUCCAACCAAGAGCUGAGGAAGAUGGGCCUGGACUUUGCCGGAUUCACUGCACACAUGUUCCUUGGGAUUUGCCUUGUUCUCCUGGUCUCCUUUCCACUCCUCAGACUCCUUUACUGGAACAGAAAGCUUUAUAACAAGGAGCCCAGUGAGAUUGUUGAACUGAAGCACGAGAUUCACGUCUGGCGCCUGACCGCUCAGCGCAUCAGCCCGGCCAGCCGCGAGGAGACUGCCGUGCGCCGCCUGCUGCUGGGGAAGGUGCUGGCCCUGGAGCACCUGCUCGCCCGGAGGCUGCACACCUUCCACAGACAGAUCUCACAGGAGGACAAAAAUUGGGAGACCAAUAUCCAGGAACUCCAGAAGAAGCAUAGGAUAUCCGACGGGAUCCUGCUCACCAAAUGCCUGACCGUGUUGGGAUUUGUUAUCUUCGUGUUUUUCCUCAAUUCGUUUGUCCCUGGCAUUCAUCUUGAUCUUGGAUGGAUUGCUAUUCUGGGUGCCAUCUGGUUGCUAAUUUUAGCUGAUAUUCAUGAUUUUGAGAUAAUUCUACACAGAGUGGAAUGGGCAACGCUUCUGUUUUUUGCAGCACUCUUUGUUCUGAUGGAGUCUGACCAUCAUCAUCAAGCUUGACCAGACCUCACUGCAUGUGGAUCCAGCCUCUGGCAUAAUGGGGAGAUGGAUGGGUUGGAAGCUUUCUCAUGUGCCGUGAAUACCACAGGACCGUGAGACACUGCAGUGGGCAUGCUCAGAGGAGAACUGUGCACCAGUCCAGGAAGGACUCUUCCAACUCAGGCCAACAGGUUGUAGUUCACAUAAUGUUUAUGCGCACAGGCUUUCACAUCAGAUGGACCCAUGUUCAGAGCUCAGUUUUGCCACUUCCUAGUUCUAAAAUUUCAGACAAAUUACUCAAUACUUCUGAGCCUCAAUUUUCUUAUCUUUAGAAUAGUCUAUUAAUAUUAAUCAUGCUGCUUGUGAGAACCAAGAUCAUAUUGAAGUACUGAGCUCCAUGUAGAGCUCCUAGUUGGCGUUCAAAAAAUGUUGUAGCCUAUUAUUAUUAAUUUUUUUAGUAAUAAUUUGAUUCAAAAGCUUAAUUCAACCUUUUCUUGUUCAAACUAUUCACUGUUAGCCCAGAAGAGAGUGAGGUUUGUAUACAGAGGUCCUAGGCAAGCUACUGGGGCCCCACAGAUCUCACACACCCAGCUCCCUGACCCCAAGCAGCCAUUCCCUACAGAGUGGCCUGCCUUCAUCUUCACACCCUGGGCUUUCAUCUCUUGUUUUCAUCUGCUAUCUAAAACCUACCUAAGACCUCUUCCAGAUUUUGAGGGCUUCCUGGCCCUUUUCUUGCCAUUUUUGGACCUGAGUUCUCCAGCAUAAAUUUUGGGUCGAAUCCUUCUUCUGUCAUAUUGCAGUGGCUCUGAAACAGGCCCCACUCUGAAGCACAUACAAUAGGUCAGAUGUGUUCUAUUUUUUGGAAAACAGUUGGAGACGUUUGGGUCUAUUAAUCUAUUUUGCACUGACUUGUUUUUGUUACUGAGGUCAGAUUGUCUUCUAGAAAAUUUGGUCAAACCAUAGAGUAGUUGGUACAAUGAAAACUGUAGACACCUUGUCUCCUGAAAUUCAAGAUCAAUUUUGAGUAUUUCUAAAUUUGGAUAAUGGAACAUGGUUCCAUAGAUUUAGAAGGGCUUCAAAGUUAGUUAAUAAAUAACCUCUGUUAAGGAAUGUUAUUUUACUUGUCCUUUUGUUUUAUAGGGAUUUGAAAUGUUAAGUGGCCUUUAAAUUCAUGUUUAAAAAUUUCUAGAUGAUUCUUGGACAUAGGGAGUGCAUAACAUCAAUAUAAAAAUGUUUACCCUUAGAAGAAGAAAAUUUAGAAUGAAACUGUUAGGCAGGAAAUGUCUUUUUUUCUUUCCAAUUUGCAUUUUGGGUUCGAGGGCACAUGUGCGUCUUUGUUACAUGGGCAAACUGCACGCCAUGGGGGCUUGGCUUACAGAUUAUUUCAUCACUCAGGUAAUUAGCAUAGGACCUGAUAUGUAGUUUUUCGAUCUUUACCCUCUUCCCACCUUCCACCCUCAAGUAAACUCCAGUGUCUAUGGUUCCCUUCUUUGUGUCCAUGUGUACUCAAUGUAUUUGGAGUAUUUGGUUACAUAUGCAGUAUUUGGUUAUCUGUUCCUGUGUUAGUUUGCUAAGGACAGUGGUUUCCAGCUGCA